AUGUGGCCUGAGAAAAAUGCGGAAGCAGAAGAUGUUCGUCAGCAGGGCCUGCGGUUAGGCCAACUUCGCUUCUUCGAGAAGUUUGUGCCACGCGCGCUGAAACAGCCGCGGUUUUCCUUCCUGGAGAGCGGGGCCUUCUCGGUUGCUCUGUGCAUCAAAUCUUUUGCACGAGAGGCCUUAGCCAAGGCAAAGCCGGACAAGUGGAUGGCCAUGUGCCGCCACAACGAUCACUACUGGCUCUUCGAUCAAGGCAACGUGCAGGCCCACCAGCGUGUGACAGAUUCCCUGCUCGACGGCAAUUUGCACAGCGAGUCCAUAUGUCGGAACAGCGCAGUGAACCUUGGGAGCGUGCUGAGGAGUGUGAACUUUGCAAAGGUUUGGACUGAUCUUCCCCUCUUUGCCAAGUCCGACGACGAGAUCCAUGGAGCUGAUUUGCAGGAUUGCCAUGGAUGGCCUGUCUGGCAGAUUCUGGUGGCUCUUUGCAUUCGCGGAAAGGAUGAAGCUGAUGCCGAUACCUCCGAGAAGGAUCAGCCUGGCACUUACGUUGCGCUGAUCGUGGGCAACAUAUUCCUGAUAGGUCCGAACUUGCGGAUCAAGUCUCUGAGCGGAGGCUCCAGCCCACAGACACGACACAGAUCUAACACAGUUGCUUUCAGAGCUUUCGGCAUGGUAGCGUCUGAGCCGCCGGAAAGUGGCCUUGGGCAGCCGUCCACCCUCCCACCACAGGAGUGCCUCUGGCCCAUCAGGGCAGACCAGCAACCCGAGGUGGUUCACACGGUGGAGGAGUUUCUGGAGAUCUUGCAGAUGCAGCGGCACCUGGAACGAGUAGUUGUCUUGCCCAACGGCAUCGAGCUACUUGGCCAGACCCGCGCGCUGCCGGAAGAGCUUUCUCAAGCAAUUGCUGGGUCGCUCGGUGUCCGGGACGUGCUAGGGCGUCUCGGAGAUCAAAAAGCUUCGGCUCACUUCAGAGCUCGGCUUUGGCACUACAGCGCCCGCAGCAAGGAAAAAGAGAUCAAGGUGCCCAAGUCUCGACCUCCUCCAGAUGGAAUGGAUAAGAAAAGCCUAGCUGCUCUCCGGCAGGAGUUCCUGGCCCAGGAAAGAGAAGGCAAAGUCAAGUCUGAUGCACCCCUCUACAUCUCGGAGCUUCGAUGGCAACGCAAGGUCUCCCAUCCACUCAAUCCCAGUGAGUGGGUGAAAACAGCCACCAGCUGCGACGUUUUUGACGUUACACCAUUUUCCAAGCAGAUGCCACUCUGGGAAAGGUCCGAGGGUGGCAUCUUCGUGGGUGAGCGUGGUGCUGGCUCAGGGUUACACGUUGAUCAGUGCCUCUGGUCCAAUGUCGGUCGCAACUGGUGCGGGUUCAAACUUUUUGCACUGUGGCCUUGGUCAGAAAGGCAUCGGAUAUUGGACGAAGCUGGCAAAGGCGCGAUUUUCCAUCCUCCACUGACAAAGAGAGAGGAGGACUUCCUCAGCCGUGCUAAAACGGUCGCUCUAGUUGGGCCUGGAGACGUCUGGGUCUUCAGCGGUGGGCAGCCGCACACAGCCAUGUGUGUCGGAGACGGUGUCAACGUUUGCGCAUACGAUUGUUCGGCUCCUGACUCAUACUUGCUCCUUGCCACCGCUCGCUCACGACUUCCAGUGCUGAUGAGCGCCUAUGUCCCUGGUGAUAACCUGAUGCUGCUUCGCGUGCCUAAUUCCACAAAGAGCGGCGUGCCGAUUUCAGUUUGCGGACGUCUGUGCUACGUUUCCAACACGACGUCCCUCGCCAAUGUGCAGUCAGAGCUUCAAGCCUUUCUCGGCAUGCACGAGCAGGAGUUCGAUUUGUCUGACAGCGCUGGCAAGAGGCUGGUGACGGAUCAAGAACUUCAAGCCGCGGUUCAGGGUAGCCUCGUUCCGCUGCAAGCUGGCCUUUCAGAUGCAUCUGUUCACCUCAUUGAGAAUCGUCGCGAAGAGUUGGCCCAGAUGCAAUGGAAGGUGCUGCGCGACAAGCUCCAAGGCUGCAACAGCGACGUCUUGGCGCUGUCCACGCAAGUCUCGGAGCUGCAACAGCGGAUCCAGCUGGAAGCAAAAGAGCGUGAGAAGGUCGUUGAGGCUUUGCGAGCAGAUAUUGGCAAUCAGCUGAACCAAGAUCGGGCAGCCGUGGAGGCCAACAUGCAUCAGCUGUCCGAGCAGAUCCACUCCUUCUCGAGUCUCGUCAAUGCAGAACAGAACAAGCGCGAGUAUGCACACAAGGUGUUCGACAACCAAGUCCAGGAUCUUCGCAAUGCCCUCGAUGCUGACCGAGCAGACCGACGCCAGGAGUCCGACAAGCAUCUCGCUAUGUUGCGCGAGGGCACGGUUGGCCUCGAUGCGCAACGGCAUGCGUUGGAGUCCGUGGAGCAGCGGCACAUGCUGGAUUUGCAAAAUAUCAGAUCGGAGCUUGCACAGGCUUCCAGGAAGGUCACGGCCUUUGCCGAUGAGCAGCUCGAGUUGCUUCGUUUGUCCAAUGAGGAGCUCGCACGCAAGUUGAAGACUCUGGAAAGUGACACACACAGGAAACUGGCAGAAGUUCAAGCAGGCAAUGAGCAGGCCAUGAAGAACGUCAGUGCAGCAGAGGCUCACAGCCAUGAGAUUGAUGCGCGGCUGAGCCAG